AUGACGGGUGAGGGAGGUCACGGGAAGAAGCGCCCGGCCCCAGAUGACCCCGAUGUCGCGCAACCGUUAACGAAAAGAUUUGGAGGCCUACGACUAGAUAAUCGCCUGCCAAUCUCCGCUCGGGCCCAACUCAAGGGGCAUAUUCAGCAGCCUAUCCAUAAUCAACAUGACCACAUUGACUAUCACCCACAUAACCAACUUAAUCACGGGCAUUCUGCCCCUGAGCCAAUGCUCUUGGAUGACACCAAGCAUACAACUUACAUUCACAACCUGGAUCAUGAAUUAAUCGAAGACGAUUCUCCCGGUUUGGUCUUUUUACCAUUCGCGGAGAAAGUCCUCUCAGUCCCUCAGUCCGUUCUAUCCGACUCGAAAUCUUCAGGGAAAGAACUCGUUCUUUAUACGGAACCAUCUUCCCUCACGGUUCCCCGGGAAAAAGAUAAUGUUCGAAAGGCAAUUCUUGAAUCUCGAGCUCGAGCACGAGCUAGAGAGAAGGUUACGGACAAGGAUGAGAACUUGAAGGAUGAGAAGGAUGAAGAUUUAUACGAUCCAAUGGAUAUUGAUUGA